AAGCACUGAAGCCGUUGCAAUUUCGCCCUAUUUCGCCGCUGCCGCGAUUUCCGCGAUUUCGUCAUGGCGUUUUGCUGCAUCGCAGCCUCGAAUGAGGACGAGCAUGUGACGUAUAUUGACGCUGUGAGUGCCACUGCGGAAGUUCCCACCUCUAGGGAUCCUGUGACUUUCGCAGAUGGCUCUACCUACAGUGGCCAGUGGGCGGGCGAUGAACGAAGCGGAGAAGGGACUCAGGUAUGGAAGGAUGGUGCCAGAUACCAGGGCACUUGGCGAGCCGGACAAUUUCAUGGUGAGGGCAGGUUCCAACAUAGCAACGGAGACGUCUAUGAGGGCGGUUUUGAGAAGGGAGCAGCCCACGGUCGAGGCACCUACAAGCAACUCUCUGGUGCCACUUAUUCGGGAGAAUGGUACAAGGAUCAAAAACAUGGGCGCGGCCAAGAAGAUUGGCCUGACGGCACCAGGUAUGAGGGUGACUACGCUCACGGCGACAAGGCAGGCAUCGGCAAGUUGAGUUGGUCUGAUGGGUCCUACUACGAGGGCUCAUUUCGCAAGAAGCGCAUCGAUGGGGAAGGGACGUACUGCUGGGCUGAUGGGCGCAAGUUCCGGGGGCAGUGGAGACAAGAUCAAAUCCAUGGCAAAGGCACAUUCACUUGGCCCGAUGGUCGGAGCUAUGAGGGCGAGUAUGAACUCGACAAGAAGCACGGCUAUGGCACCUUCACCUGGCCCGAUGGACGCAGGUAUGUUGGAGAAUGGGCCUAUGGUCAUCAACACGGCCAAGGGUGUUUGCACAAAGCCGAUGGUUCUAAGGAAGACGGAACCUGGUCUCAGGGGAAAUUUCUGAACGACACGGCGUAGUGCGAUAGCUACAGCGAAGGGUCUUCCUCCUCGAACCCAUUCCUUGAAGCUGUGAGGAAGAAUCACAUGGCUGAAAAUGUGC